CAUCACACAUAUAAUAUCUUAUCCAACGCGUACCUACCCUGGCAUCUUUGCUGGUUACUUACUCUGUCCUGAAUUCUUCCAACUUCUGCUUCACAUCCACAGUUUUUACUCAUGGUGGUCACACAUCUCCACGGUCCUUUAAAUCGCAGCCCUUCGCCCUUUCUCACAAUUGAGCAGGUGUCCCCGAGCAACAUGUCUUCGACAUCCGCAGAAGGCAAGGUCUACAAAAAACGACCGCACCGUAAGGUCAAGAGUGGGUGUCACAUCUGCAAACGAAGGAAGAUCAAGUGUGACGAGCUCAAACCUCAAUGCUCAAACUGUCAUCGAUAUGCUUCCGAAUGCGUUUAUCCUGCACCGUCGGACAGUGAGCGCCUGAGACCAUCAAUGAGCCCAGUCGCUCAUAGUCCGGAAAGCAACGGCGAAGAGUCUUAUAGCAGUGGCCAUGAUCUCCCAAUGAGAGACCUUGCGCUGAUGCAUCAAUGGUCUGUCGCAACAUGCUAUGGAUUUGGAGAUGGAUUCGUCGACGAUGCAGAUCCCUGGCGAGAACAAGUACCGAUAAUUGCACAGCAAUUUCCCUUCCUCAUGCGAGGCAUCCUCGCUUUGAGUGCUCUACAUCUAUCCAAGGACACUUCGGACCCAAACAUGAGGAUCCGAUAUCUUCGGACCGCCGCUUAUCAUCAGGAUCUCGCUAUUCCAGAAUACCGAAGCACGCUACUCGACGUGACGAAAGAGAACGUCGUGGCAGUCAUGAUCUUCUCUGCCAUCCUCACCAUAUACUCUUUUGCGGCACCCAAAGACGCAGGGCGGUCGUUUGCUGAGGGUCCACCCGAAUGGAUCUUCCUGCACCGAGGAGUUGGCGACAUGCCAUCACACUGGCAGAGCUGGCUCGAACACAGCUUCUUCGAACGACAACUGCAUAGACGAAGACUUCAGCCGGUGGAUACUUCUUUGAAUCCAGAAGACUAUAGGCUCCACUGCCUCGAAUCCCUUAUCGCAUCACUUCCUCUUGAAGAAGCGAAUGACAUACCAGCGUACGAAGGCGCCCUCUAUUGGCUGCGACAAGCAUACGCCCACACAUACAAUCCCGUCAGCAUGCUUGGGGGCAAGUACGCUCUUUUGUUCUGGAUUGAGCGAGUGCCGCAGGGCUACAUCGAUCUGUUGAGCUUACAACGGCCCUGCGCAAUGGUCCUCCUCGCGAAUGCAGCGGUCUUGUUAAAAAGGGCGUCCCAUUUCUGGUACCUGGACGGUUUCGCGGAACACAUAAUCACUGAAGCCAAACAAAUCAUGGGUCUCGAGUAUUGGGCUUGGCUUGAAUAUCCUACACAAGCUUGCGGUAUGGUUGAACGAUGACAACCUCAAAUCAGUAUUGGAUCUGAAAGAACUGGACAUGGUACCCAAAGGCUGCAUUCUAUAUAUGGUUGGCCAGCUACACCAUCGAUUGGUUGUGGUUAAUGAAGCACUUCAUGGCCGAUCGCACUAAUUGAAGUCAUGGUCGCCCUGAAACCGAAGUAGCGAAAGCCAUAGGAAAGCUAUCUCGCAGAUACAAAUGGUGGAAAAGCUGCGACCAAAAGGGCAGAGACAGCGCAGCAGGCGAUCCGACCUUGUACACGGUGACGUAGCCUGCACACACACACACACACACACACACACACACAUACAUACAUACAAUCACAGAGACAGAUUGCAGCAGUGGAGCCUCUACACGCACUAGAGCAUGUAAUGAAGUGAAAGACCACUAGAGAACUUUGGGCGGGCACGGGCUGCACGGUUCGACA